UUAUUCGCUAUCUUGUGUUGGAAGAUAUAGGUGAAAAUAAAAAUACACAACGGCAUUUGUAUUAAAAUCUAAGUAAUUAAAAUGGUAAAAAGAAAUAAAUUGGUUUAAAUAUAACAAAUAAGUUAGAUAUAGAUACAGUUCCAAGACAAAGCUAAAUAAAAAAAAAGAUUAACGUACGUUCAGUGUAUCGUAUGUUCUUGUGAGCGAUCAGGUGGAACGGUAGCAACAACAAAAUAAGUGUAGUCGAAAACUACUUGUUCGCAAGUGCAUUUAUGUAAAGAAUUUUAAAAUCUUCAAUUAAAUUGAUAAAUAAGUACCUUUAUCCAGUGCUAUUCAGCCAUCGCCAGUAGUUGAACGGAUACACAAUAACAGAAAUAUAGCUAUCAACAUGACGAAUAUGCGUCCACCGAACAAAACCAUCCUCUUAAAAGUAGUUAUACUGGGGGAUGGUGGCGUAGGAAAAUCCUGUCUGAUGAAUCGCUUUGUUUCCAAUCGUUAUGACGAAAACAACUUUCACACAAUUGGCGUUGAAUUCAUGAAUAAAAAUAUUGAUGUAGAUGGCGAAAAAUAUACAUUACAGAUUUGGGAUACUGCUGGUCAGGAGCGAUUUCGCGCACUUCGCACACCCUUCUAUCGUGGCUCUGACGUUUGCAUGCUGUGCUAUGCCGUCGACGAUCGCGAUAGUUUUCGUGGGCUGAAACAAUGGCGUAGUGAAUUUCUCAACUAUGCCGAUGUGAAGGUGGACAAAUUCCCCUUUAUUGUGGUUGGCAAUAAGCUUGAUAUGGCGCCAAAAUACCGUCAAGUUAACUACGAAGAAGUGGAGCAAUGGUGCAGCGACAAUGGCAUUAGUAGUCUCAUUGAAACAUCAUCGAAAGCGGCGAGCAACGUAACCGAUGCAUUUGUGUUGGCCGUACGUCAGUGGAAACAUAUGGAGCGCAUAGCCGAAAUUGAAUUACGUCAACAAGGCGAUACUAUCGAUCUAACACGCAGCAUACGCUUAGCACAGAAUCGUUUUUGCUGCACUGGCGGCGGUGGUGGUAGUGGUGGCAGCACAACAUCCGCAGAGGCCGAAUUGGAGGAUGAGUCUAUGCGCAGUGAUAGCCGUCCGUCGCCACUACGUUUUGGCAAGCGAUCUACGGCGGCGAGCAGACAGUCGGAAGCAACGAAUUUUCAACUUUAAAUACAAAAAUUAUUUUUGACGCAUGGCAAAUCAAGUUCGUUUUGUUUAAUUUAUGUUUUUUUUUGUAUUUGUCUGACGAACAAAUACGAGUGCGAGUAGAUGUAUUUAUGUGUAUGUAGCUGGUUUGAAACCAGUAAACCAGCAAAGAAGACGAAAAACAAUGUAUCUGAUAGACUACACCAAAGGCAGCUAGAAAUGUUGUUGCGAGACGGUAGCGAAUGAAUCAAAAAGGGAUGUUUAACUUUAUGUGUAAUUCUAAAAUUAAAACAAUACAAAAACCAACAACAACUAAAUGUAUAUUAUAAGCAACUAAGAGAGAAAAAGUUAAUGUAAAAAAUGCACAAAUUGUUUUGAACAAUUUAUAUCGCGAAACGUAUAUUACUCAUACAAAAUGUUGUACACAUUUGAAAUGGCAAUACAAUCACCCAUAUACGUACAAUAUAUUGCACAUUAUGUAGGUGUGUGUGUGC